AGGGAGUGGGAGGGGAGUGUGGAAGACUCUAAGGGAACGCGGCAGAGGCCGGGAGAGGAGUCACGGCGGCCGGCGGGGGAAGGCAGAGGUGCCGCGGGAGGACAGGGCGGUUUCGGGCACCCGCGACCGCAGCCGCCCCGACCCGCCCGCCGCGCUCCGCCCGCCCUCCAUCCUUCCCUCCCUCCUUUUCUCCCGCCGGCACCAUGGUGGACAGGGGCCCCUUGCUGACCUCGGCCAUCAUCUUCUACCUGUCCAUCGGGGCGGCGAUCUUCGAGGUGCUGGAGGAGCCGCACUGGCGCUCGGCCACCGAGGACUACAAGCGGCAGAAGACGGAGCUGCUCAAGCAGUUCCCGUGCCUGGGCCAGGAGGGGCUGGACAAAAUCCUGCAGGUUGUGUCAAAUGCUGCUGGGCAGGGUGUUGCCAUCACAGGGAACAAUACUUUCAACAACUGGAAUUGGCCUAAUGCUGUGAUCUUUGCUGCUACUGUGAUCACUACAAUUGGUUACGGAAAUGUUUCUCCAAAGACACCCUCUGGGCGUCUCUUCUGCAUAUUUUAUGGGCUCUUUGGAGUUCCUCUCUGCUUAACAUGGAUCAGUGCUCUGGGGAAGUUCUUUGGAGGACGUGCCAAGAGGCUGGGCCAGUUUCUGACGAAAAGAGGAGUGAGUCUGAGGAAAGCACAAAUUACAUGCACAGCUAUUUUCAUUGUUUGGGGUGUCUUGGUCCAUCUGGUUAUUCCUCCCUUUGUCUUUAUGGUGACUGAAGGAUGGGAUUACAUUGAAGGCCUCUAUUUUUCAUUCAUCACUAUCACCACCAUAGGAUUUGGAGAUUUCGUUGCUGGUGUAAACCCAGAUGCAAACUAUCAUGCCCUUUACAGAUAUUUUGUGGAGUUAUGGAUAUAUCUGGGACUAGCUUGGCUUUCACUCUUUGUGAACUGGAAGGUCAGUAUGUUUGUGGAAGUACACAAAGCAAUCAAGAAACGGAGAAAAAAAAGGAAAGAGUCAUUUGACAACCAUCCUCGGGCUAAAAAACCCCUUCAAAUGGGUACCUCAAAGGAUGUCAACAUCUUCAGCUUCCUUUCAAAGAAGGAAGAGACCUACAAUGAUCUUAUUAAGCAAAUUGGGAAGAAGGCUCUGAAGACAAACAAUGACAAAAUUAUUAAAGUUGAAAAUACCAAACAGAGUAUGCAGAAUGCCAGUAUAGAUGCCCAGGUGACUUACACAAAGACAGAGUCAUUUGAGUAUGAUGAGACUUCCCUGGACAUUCAGAAUGGUCAUGUACUAAGACCGCUACAUGACAAAUGUAUUGGAGACAGCCCUCUAGAAGGAACCAUGUUUGUAAACCAGCUAGACAGGAUUAGUGAAGAAGAAGGUGAAGUGUGGGAUUCCAGAGACUAUCGACCCUUAAUAUUUGAGAAUGCCAAUAUAACAUUUGUAAAUGAAGAUGAUGAUGAAGAGGAAGAUAUCUCAGAUGAUGAGGAAACCUCAAAAUCCUCCAUGGAUGAUAAUCUUGCAGAGGAAUCUGAAACUGCUAAAAACCUGGUAAAAUUCCCAUCCUCUGAUGAAUCUACCUUUACCAAUAAUGAGCUAGAACUUUCUGUGCCUUAUGAACAACUGAUGAAUGAAUAUAAUACAGUAAGCAAUGUGAAAGCUGCAACGUGAAGCAUGUUUGAAAAUGGUUUUCUGAAAAUGGUCAGUGCAUAUUGAACAAAUUAGCAGAGCAAGGAGAUAAGCAUGGUUUUGCAGCUUCUCCUGUCUCUUUGAAAACAAAAACGAGUCCCAAACUAAUGAACUUCAGCGUCCUUUUCCCAUCUUAAGUUGGUUUCUGAGCCCAUCAGCUUCGCUUAUCUGAAAAACUUGUAAAAUAACAGUUGAAUAUGGAGUCCUUCUUGGGAUCUCGUGGUUCUCGAACAAAGUAGAAAAAACUAGUUAAUACACUGGACCUGCUCUGCGUUUAUGCAUUUCAUUGAGGAAUUAGUUUGGAAGUGUAACUAUACUGUUGCAAAGAGACUGUUUUGGGUGUCAAAAUGUGUUUGGUUACUCCAAUAGCUUUUCAUCUCUGAAAACCUGGAUUUGAAUCCUGCUUUGAUCACAAAUUAAAGAAUGGGCUUGCUUAUUUUUUUGAAGUUGCCCUUUGUUAAGUUGUUACCACCGAAAAAGAAAUGGUGCAACCACUAGUUGUUCUUAAUGAGAAACUUUAGAUGGAAUACCAGGACGCACAGACCUGAGCUGAGGUGCGCUGGCAGACUGAGGAGGAAGCAUCUGAAACAUCUGUCUAGAAUCAUGUCAGUGCUUGUCAAAUUAAAGUGAAUUGUAAACUCAUAAGUAAAAUAUUAAAAUUAAAAAUUCCAAAGGAAUGGAUUGAGAAGGAGCCCUCUAACAAGGAAGAAUUAUCUGGGAUGAAGCUCACCAAUUGUGCUGCUAAACUGCAUAUCAGCCCAAGAACUGUUAGAGUGUGAAGUGACUGGAAAACCUGUUGAUCAAAGCACGUAUGAGCACAGCUUACGUAUGAGCAAUGAACUUUUUUUAAUGUUAAAAGUGUCCUUCCACUGUCCAUUUCUUAGAGCAAAUACUUGAAUGAACCUUAUACAGUAUCUAUGUACAGGUGAAGUUUUGUUGACACUGUUCUUCUGAGGAAAAAAAUCACCUUGGGAGGCAGAGAUAUUCUCCAAAAACCCUAAUGCCUGUCAGAAGGGACCUGUAGCACUGCUGCUGAUCUGUGCAGUGUGUUAGUCAGUAUUGUUAUUUGAUGUUCCUCUCUGCCCUGGUACUUCAGAAUAGACUUGAAUGAGAGUGAUUUUUGAAACAGUUGAUUACACUUUGCUUAUGUGUUUUGUUUCAAAGUAUGACCUAUGUGCAUAUACAAUGGUUAUUCUAUCCUACUUUCAAGAAGGCUAAGCAGUGUCCAAUCUUGGGCAAACUGCGAUAUGCUCAAGUGACUUAAGGCUAUAAGGCAUUUCUUUUGAAAGGAACUUUAGCUCUGAGCUCCUGAAAGUAUUAUCUUUUGGCUUGGAGAUGGGCUUCUCGUUGAGAAGGAAGUAUGUCUCUUCAUAACAUUUAUGCCCAAAUUGUUUAGGCUACAAAGAAAAUUAUACUGUGGUUUUAUUUUGCUUUCUUUUUCCAUAUCUAUAUGUUAACCCUGACAACUCUAGCAAAUGAGGCUCUUGAUUACACGUUGGAAAAAGGUACUGACUUCAGUUAUGUCCAGUAUACUUGGAACAGAAAAUAGCAAGACCCGUGAACCUUGACAUUGCAAGUUCUGUUCUUCUAUUUAGUUUUACAGUAUUUAAGAUAUUCUAGUAUGUCCGAAAAGUUCCAGAGUUCAGUGAAUAGUUAAAAGUUGUCUCAUUCUCAUUUUCGGUUUAAUGCUGCCAGACUCACUAGCUCUGUAAGAAGAGUUUAUGGAAUCUUGCAGUGUUAAUCUUGAAUUACUAGAUAUUUCUAAUAACUGCAAACAUUGGCUGCAGCUGUAUUUCUGGCCUCUUCCACAGAAGAAGGAGGACAUAUGUGAAACUGGCACUCUGGUUGGAUAGCCUGUUGAUGGGAAGUAUUGAAAUCAUCUGCUGUGAAACAAGGGACUGUUUUUACUCCUUUCUUUUUGGAAUUUUCCACGUAUGUGACAGAUUUUUCAAACAGAAAGUGAACACAGGCUAGGGCUAACUCUGUUAUACUGGCAAAAAUGUGGAAUCAAUAUCAUUGGAUUUGGUAGUUAAUCUGUAUUUUAUUAUAAUAUCUCUGAAGAUAUACUAAUUUGAAAUCAAAUGGUGUUAUAUUACUGCUAUUUUGAGCAGAGUUGGCUGAAGGAAUUUUAAUUGUAUAUGAUAGGUAAGAGGAAGAGGCCCUAUCAAGAAGACUCUGAUUUACUUCUAAUAGACAUCCACACCCCCAUCAUUUUAAAAUGCCUCCAAGCUCUUCAAGUAUAUAUCUGAAGGGUUGUAGUUGACAGCUAUAUCUUGUAAUUGUACGAAACGGUAGGUAAGACUACAUGCAUGAUACACAGGCUGCUUGUGUAGCAAUUCUAGCUCUUUUUUUGUUUAAACAAGUCCAAAUCUAUUUAAAAGAAAAUGAGAAAGCCUCCAUGUAGCUUUUUGUCAUUCUCCAAAUUGUCUUCCAUUAUUGAUGCAAAAAACCAAAGUAUUAGUGAGAGUUAGAAAGCUACAGGACAGUAAGAGCAGAAAAUAGGCUUGCUGAAAGUGCAUCAAAUGGAAAAGCAUUGUCCAAUCUUCAUUUAAAAAAAAGAAAAAAAUAUCUCUUUAAUACAGAAAUAAUACAACCCAGACACUUGGCUGGACUACUUUAAUUGGGAGGGGAUGUUGCACACUGGAACUCGGACUCUGCAUUCUCUGUAGCAAAGUGCACUUGUACGCCAGAGCUGAGAAUGGAUGGGAUCUGUUUUAUAUUAUCAAGUUAGAAGUGACUCUCUGGCCUUUCCCAGUGUAGUCAGCAUAGACUGUAAGUCUGCAUAAUAAGUAUCAUGGGAUUUAAAGUAAUAGUUUAAAUUUAUUAAAACAAAGUACAGUAUUCCCUCUUUUUUGGGAAACAUUAUCACACCUCACAAAACUGUUCUCAAGACAUCCCACCGUGUGCCUUAAUGUAACACUAACACUGGGAAAAAAUUCCUUUUUAUACAGGGGCCAACACAAUUGGGCCCAUUAAGCCCUACUUGUUUUCAGUGUUCUAGAGGGGUUUAGUUGGUGCAUAGCUUUGAUAUUGACGCUCUCCAAAAAGUUAAACUGUUUCCCAGGGUUUUUUUUAAAUUAUGGUGCCAUCUAAGAACUGCCGAAGUGCUAAGCAAGACAGCUUUUUUCCUGCCGGUCUUCCACGUCUUGAGAAAAGUAACUGCCUGGGGUAUCUAAAUCAGUGUCUUUCUGCCUUCAGAUUUACAGGUAGUGAGGUAUAAGGGUGUCUAAGCUGGAUUUUGAGAUAUUCAGUCCCAAAAGUGCCUCUGAAUGAAUUUCCCAGUGCUGCUCAGUAAGGUCUUGUUGUUAUUUCAAUUAUUUGGUCAAUCUGGAAACAUUUUAUUUGGAUGCCAUGUAAGAUUUCAUUUGGCUAACCAAUAAUGUUAACAACUGUCUUAAUGAAUUUGUUUUUAUAGGCAAGAUGGAUCUCUUCCUGGAAAGAGAGGAAAAGGAAUUUUUCUUAAAAAGAAGGGGGGGGGGGGGGGGGAAGAAGGUUAAAAGCACAUGUAAAGAGGGGAUGGAAUAGAAGUAGAGACUCUUCUUUGUAGCUGUUCCCUAGAAAGCAAAUUGUAUUUCCAGUCGCAUCAUGUGAAGCAUGGGUCCACUUUACAUAAACUUACUAACGUUGCAGAGAUGAGCCAGUACUUUAAAAAAUAAGAAAAAAUAUUAAAAAUCCUGAAACGUGACAGCAAAAAGUCUGUUCCUACAAAACCUAUUUUACGUGCUAUAGACUAUGUGACCCCAUCCUUCAUGACAUUGUUGUGACGCUUCUUGCUUUUGUCUGUGCUGUUGAAUCUUAUUUUUUACCGGAAGGGCAUCAUUUUCAGAUACAUAUCUUGCAGAAAGCAGUCUAACACAUCUGAUACACUGGUACGAAAUCACUGAGGAAAUACAGAAAGUGGUGUGUUAAAUUAUUCUGAACUAACUAUUUGUGAAUCUGUUGCUGGCAAUGGAUGUCACAAAACAUGCAGAAAUAAAACCUUAGACUGGUGACACAGUUCUAUAUGUUGAGACUUCUUUUUUUUUUCUCCAGUUGACCUGGGAGAGAAUGUGUAGAGACAGACAAGCACUGCUGAUGAGGAUAGCAAAAAGCAAUAUACAAGUCUCCUGACCCAAACAAAAAAAAAAUCCAAGAGCUCUGUUGUAGACUUGUAAUUUUUGUGCCUCAUGGGAUUCAUUCCAUUUGUGAUGGAUUUACCUUUUAAAAAAUUAGCUUGUCUUUCAUAUGGCUUUUGAAGUUUGUACAGUUCUGAUUCUUAUCACUCCAUAAUAUGCCUAUCUGUCUGUUCUGUUGCUGAUUGUCACUGGAAUCACACUGUAUGUAAAUAU